GAAACGCCAACGCGCUCUCGUUUUCCAAUUUCACUGGCGUCGUUGAAGUUUCCGGGUGAAGAACGGAACGUUCCGGUGUAAAAUGGAAAAAGGCGACAAUACUACACAAAAUAAAGAGGAUAAUGAACAACCUCAGCCAGAAAUGCUGCUGCAGCUGCAGCAACAAGUGCAACAACUGCGGUUGCGGACGCAGCCGCAGCAACCAAGGCAGCCGCAGCAACCAAGGCAGCCGCAGCAACCAAGGCAGCCGCAGCAACCAAGGCAGCCGCAGCCGCAGCCGCAGCCGCAGCCGCAGCCGCAGCCGCGGAAACCGCAGUCGGACCCGCUGCUGCAGCUGCAGCAGCAAAUACAAGAUCUUCAAAGCAAAGUAGAAGAUAUGAAACGUGAUAGAUAUAUCACGGAACAGACACAGCGGUCGCCGCUGGAAAAUUUAUACCAGGCUGAUGAACCGCAGCAGCGUAUAGACAAUUGAACGGCUGCGGUUCAGGAGAUUGCGGAGGCAGUACAAUAGCCUCAGACGGCAGAUAAUAAUAGCCUCAGACGGCCGCGGCC